AAGCUGUCACAUUUGCUCUUUCCUUCAUGCUGUUGAGUAGGUUGGCGGAGUAACGCCGAACAUCCAUUAGACAUCAAGGAUGGCCGAGGAAGGCAUUUCUGCUGGAGGUGUAAUAGAUAUUAGCACCGCUCUCCAAGAAGUGCUGAAGACCGCACUUAUUCAUGACGGCCUGGCUCGUGGCAUUCGCAAAGCUGCCAAGGCUCUUGACAAACUCCAAGCCCAUCUUUGUGUCCUGGCUUCCAACUGUGAUCAACCAAUGUGUGAAGCGCUUUGUGCUGAGCAUCAGAUCAAUCUCAUCAAGGUUGAUGACAGCAAAAAGCUUGGUGAAUGGGUCGGCCUCUGCAAAAUCGACAGGGAAGGAAAACCCCGCAAAGUUGUUGGUUGCAGUUGCGUUGUUGUCAAGGACUAUGGCAAGGAGUCUCAGGCCAAAGAUGUCAUUGAAGAAUAUUUCAAGUCCAAGAAAUGAACAUCUGAACAACUAAAUAAAAGUUUGACUUGAAAAAAAAA